UGAUUUUUUUCCCAUAAUACUUUUAUUGAUCACUUGAGAACCUUGAACUGUGAACCCAGAGUGCACUGACCUGUGCAAUUUAGCCCAGAACCUUCUAGUCUCCCAGGUCUAAUCCCUGCCUCUGUGACCUGCCUCUCAAAAAGAUGAAAAAAAGGAAGAAAACAUCCAUUUUCUGUUGCUUGUAUAUUCACUGGAGCUUGACUGUCCCCCCCACCUCCACCCUGCCCCAAAGUGUUCUAUGUCCCCCUUUCUCAACCACGAGUCUGUGAUCAUCAAUACCAAGGUAAAAGUGGCCUCCAUGCCCUUUACAGUCAGCAGGAACAAGGGUCAUGACCUUUUACAUGGGUUCAGGAGGCAGUGAGGACCACGGACUUGAUGUUCCCCUGUAGAGGUUUUUUCCUCUGUGUUCUGUUGAGUCUCCAGGAUGCAGAGUGUCAUGACGCCAGUUGUGGUUACUGAGUGUUCUCCCUGUCUGUGGAUGUCUAUCGGCACGUCUGUGGAACCACUGGAUGUUUGUGGUCAUCAGUCUUGCAGCUUGUACAAUGAAGAUAGAAACCUGCUUCGAAUCAGAGAGAAGGAAAGACGCAACCAAGAAGCUCACCAAGAGAAGGAGGCAUUUCCCGAGAAGGCUCCCCUGUUUCCAGAGCCUUACAAGACUGCAAAAGGCGAUGAGCUGUCAAGUCGGAUCCAGACCAUGCUAGGUGACUAUGAAGAGAUGAAGGAGUUCCUGAGCAGCAAGUCCCACCCUCACCGCCUGGAUGGCUCUGAAGACAGGCCUGGGAAGCCCAGAUACCCCUUAGGUCACGACAGGGGGACCGGCGCUGUGUCCAGCUCCUUCCGCACACAUGUCUACCACCAGCCUAUCCACACUUCUGCUCCCGGAUCACGUUCUGUGGGUAACAUUAGCCACAGUCCAAAGAUGGCACAGCCAAGGAUGGAGCCAAGUCUCCACGCCAAAAUCUACGAUGGCCCACGUCUGACUCAAGACCGCCUCAGUCAGGGACAUUGUUCCAGAAAGUGUGACCGAAGAGCUGAUGGGGACUCUGCUCCUGAGAGGAAGCUCUCGCCCUUGGUCUCCUCUUUGCCAUCCCCCGUACCCCCUCUAUCACCUGUACAUUCCAGGCUGCAGGGAACCAGCAAGGCUCACAGCAGUGGGGUUAGCAGUAAAAGCUGCUGUGUGGCCAAGUCUUCCAAUGACUUGGCGGUGAAGGCCCAAGAUAAAGAGACUCCUCACGACAGUUUGGUGGCUGUUACCAGCCUUGGAGCAGCCCCUCCUCAGCCACCUUGCCAGACAUUUCCACCCCCUCCCCUCCCAUCAAAAAGUGUUGCAAUGCAGCAGAAGCCCACGGCAUAUGUCCGUCCCAUGGACGGUCAGGAUCAGGCUCCCAGUGAGUCCCCCGAGCUGAAGCCGCCACUGGAGGACUAUGGUCAGCAAAGCUUUGAGAAACCAGACCUUAAAGUGCCUGCCAAAGCUAAGCUCACCAGACUAAGGAUGCCCUCGCAGUCGGUAGAGCAGCCGUACUCCAAUGAAGUCCAUUGUGUUGAAGAGAUUCUGAAGGAAAUGACCCACUCAUGGCCGCCGCCUCUGACAGCCAUACACACGCCCAGUACAGCCGAGCCGUCCAGAUUUCCUUUCCCCACAAAGGAUCCUCUGCACGUCAGUUCUGCCACCCAGAGUCACAAACAAUAUGAUACGCCUUCAAGAACCCACCCUGAUCCCCAGCAAGGAACUUCCAUGCUUGAGGAUGACCUACAGCUCAGUGACAGCGAAGACAGCGACACGGAGCAAGCCGCAGAGAAGCCUCCAUCCCCACCUGCACCUCCAAGCGCUCCACAGACACUUCCCGAGCCCGUGGCCUCAGCACAUUCCAGUAGUGGGGAGUCAGAGAGCAGCGAGUCAGACAGUUCCUCAGACUCUGAGAGUGAGAGCAGUUCCAGCGACAGCGAGGAGGAGGAGGAGAAUGAGCCCCCGGAGACCCGGGCUCCCGAGCCCGAGCCUCCGACAACAAACAAAUGGCAGCUGGACAACUGGUUGACCAAAGUCAACCAACCCUCAGCGCCCCUGGAGGGCCGGGGGAGCAGAGAGUCUCCACAGUGGCGCCAGGAAAGUAAAGGUGUCCCUGAGGGCAGCAGUGACCAGCAGCAUCCUGAUUCCAAAGACCCUCCCCCAAAGAGCUCCGGCAAAACUCUCCGGGGCCCCUCUGAGGGGCCCCAGCCUGGGAAGAGGAGCUGUCAGAAAUCCCCCGCUCAACAGGAACCCCCACCUCGGCAAACCGUGGGCAGCAAACAACCCAGAAAACCCACCAAGGGCUCUGGCCAGGCAGAGCCCCAAGCCAGCUCACAGGCGGAGAGUGAAGCGGGACCCCUUCCCUAUGGCUCCAAGGAGCAGACUUCCAAAGACAGACCCAAGGUGAAGACGAAAGGCAGGCCACGUGCUGUGGGCAGUCGGGAGCCUAAGCCCGAGGUCCCUGUGCCUGUGCCUCAGGCAGCCGUGCCCAAGCCGAAGCCACCCGUGCCCACCCCCAGUGAGAAGAGGAGGCACAAGAGUUCCACAGCCCCCUCCAAGGUGCCCUCAGCCCCCCAGCCUGCAAAGGACAGUGCUGGGGACAGGAACCCAGAACACUCUGCUCUUUUUUCCUUGACUCAGAGCCAGGGUCCAUCCCACAGCGGCAGGGGCAGCAGUGGUGGCAGGACUAGUGGCUGCCGACAGGCUGUGACUGCCCAGGAGGACGGCUGUAAAGACAAGCUCCUGUUGUCUUUGAGAGACACCAAAUUGCUCUCGCCGCUCAGGGACUCCCCACCACCGACAAGCUUGGUGGUGAAGAUAACCCUAGACCUUCUCACGAGGAUCCCCCAGCCUCUGGGGAAGGGGAGCCGCCCUAGGAAAGCAGAGGACAAGCAGCUGUCAGCAGGGAAGAAGCAGGACUCGGAGACUAGGAGCUGUGACAGCUCCAGCAGAGUGACCAAGAAGAGAAAGGGUGACCCAGAUAAAGAUCACAGUAACAAGAGACAAAAACUGGAUAAGUCGCAGACUGCAUCAUCUUCAUCUUCCCACACAGAAUCUUCCAAAACAAAGGUGCCCAGGUCUUCCUCAGAGAACUCAAGAAAGGAAACGGUGCCUUCGGCGUCCUCGGUCUCAUCUUCCUCGUCCUCCCAGAAGCCAAGCAAACCUGCACAGAAGAGGCCAAGGCCAGAUGAGGACACUUGUAGCCAGGAACCCCCCAGAAGUUCCAGCGGCACAAAGAACAGCUCUACAGACCCUCCCGCUCCCAAGCACAGAAAAGUACAGGCCAGGGGCUCUGAACACAAGGGAUCUUCUGGGGAUGCUGCGAAUGCUGCGAAUCCAUUUCCAGUGCCUUCUUUGCCAAAUGGUAACGCUAAGCCAGGAAAGCCACCGGCGAAGUCUGACAGACAGCAAGCUGACUUUCACAUGAAGGAGGCUAAAAAGCUGAAAUGCAAAGCAGAGACGAUGGUGGACAAGGCUGGAAAAGCCUUCAAGUAUCUGGAAGCCGUCCUGUCUUUUAUCGAGUGUGGAACGGCCACGGAGUCAGAAAGCUCAGCCAAGUCAGCAUACGCUGUGUACUCAGAAACCGUAGACCUCAUUAGGUAUGUGAUGUCACUAAAAUCCUUCUCAGAUAACACGAUGCCAGCGCAAGAGAAGAUAUUUGCUGUUUUAUGCUUGCGUUGCCAGUCCCUUUUGAACAUGGCGAUGUUUCGAUGUAAGAAAGACAUGGUGAUGAAGUAUUCUCGUACUCUCAGCGAACACUUCAAGAGUACUUCCAAAGUGGCCCAGGCACCUUCUCCAUGCACAGCAAGAAGCACAGGCGUUCCGUCCCCCCUCUCCCCAAUGCCUUCUCCUGCCAGCUCCGUAGGGUCCCAGUCAAGUGCUGGCAGCAGUAUGGGGAGCAUUGGGGUGACGGCCACCGUCAGUACCCCGGUCUCCAUCCAGAACAUGACCUCCUCCUACGUCACCAUCACAUCCCAUGUCCUUACGGCCUUUAGCCUUUGGGAACAGGCCGAGGCCCUCACAAGGAAGAACAAAGAAUUCUUCGCUCAGCUCAGCACAAAAGUGCGUGUGUUGGCCCUCAACAGCAGCCUGGUGGACCUGGUGCACUACACAAGACAGGGCCUGCAGCGGCUAAAACAAUCACACAAAGCCCCCUAACGUAGGCUGGGUCUACUCCUUUCUCGGAGUGUCUCUGCACCGCUGGAAGCUGUGAUCCAGUGCAGACGACAACUGUCAGAUCGGGAUGUCAGUACUCAACAAGAGAAGCACCAGGGAGAUGGUCAGGAUGCUUGUCCACUUAAACUCACAACAGCUGUGUGGUCAUCGGUCAGCACCGGCCAGCUGAGUGGAUGCUGGAAGAUGAACUGACCUUGCCUUUGCCAACCGGAGGACAAGUACAUGGAGCCCCACUGGCGGAUGAAUGGUCUAGAAACAUUUCUGUUUUUUUUUUUUUUUUUUCAGUUUAUUUGGAUGAUAGGAUAAAGACUGCGAAUGAGAAGAAGAUAAGCAGUUUCAAGUCCGAUAGCAAACUCUUGUCAUCUCAGAAGCCAUCCUAGUUCAUAUCCAGAAGGAAUUUUUUUUUUAAUAAUAAUAAUAAUUUCUGGUGAAGGGCUUUAAGAUUUUGUUCUCUUUUCAAGUUUUAAAGAAAAUGUUGUUUGAUACAUUCUUAUGGCCAUCUGUGGAACACACCUUGUGAAGGACUCCACUGCACCCCCCCCUUCCUGCAGGGAAGGGGCUCUGAUGACAGAGUACUGUCAUUUACACAAUUGAAGGUGACACCCCGACUCCCCAGUGCCUAGAGUGCUGCACACUGUCUAGCUCUGGUCUCUCUGGCUGUCCUGAGAAGCAUCCCUGGUCAGUCCUAUAGGGGAGUGGCAGGGGAGUGGAUCCAUCCGGGUUCUAUCUCACAGUCUUCCCCGAAUCCUCAGAGGCCUAACCCUUCCUCCUGACACACUCCACCAAAGGGACUGGCUAAGCAGCAUUGACCUUGGGCGAACACAGGAGCCUCAUGUUGACUUUGGGCUGUAGGCAGAUGCACUUCGUCAUCUGUCUGCUGGAGCUGGAGCCCUGGGUACCGACAGUGCUGUGGCUACCCUGUGUGUCAGUGAGUGAAAGUGAAGUCUUCCUAGAGAGGUUGUAUUUUUCUGCUACAAGUAUUUUAUAUUUACAGCAAAGCUCAGCUUUCCAAAGCCUUUGGCUAUCCAGGGGACAUUAGCUCCUGGAGAGGAUGUGGAGCUUGGGGGUGGUGUGGGAGGCAGGAUUAACUUCAACUUUAAAAAACACCCCACUAUUAUACACCUUCAGUCCAGACCAUCUUCUCAGGUAUCGUGACUUGAUGAGGUUGAAGACCUGUGACCUUCCCAGGCUACUCCCCACCUAUAUUAGACCAGGUUCACUUAGAUGGGAAGUGAAGAAUGCACCACACCUGCCCAUAAACACAGGCCUUUCCUUGAGACUUCAAGGUUACUACUGGAAUGCUCUCAAGUGUUUUUAAAAAGCCAAUUCUUUUUUAUCCCUUCUAGAAAGUAGAAUUUGCACGUGUUCACAAUGGAGGUGUGUUACGACUCACCCUGCCUCUGCUUCCUGCCAGCCAUGCUUGUAUGUGUGCAUUUGGAGAUUAGUGGAGACGGGAGACCCAUCUUUCCUUAGUGAUGAUGUCUGUGGUCACUAUGGUAACAUUAGGACUUUCUUGGUACCUUGGUACAUCAGCACAGGGUCUCUAGGUGAGUGUGAUGCCUGGUGUUUCAUGGCAAACUGUCUGUGGUACUCCUUGGUCUUCUCAGCCUUCUCUCCUGGUUUGAAUGAAACCAGAAAAAUGGCUACCUUGUACAUGUCUGAGUAUAGACCAAGAUGGCCAUCCAACUAAGCCAUUUUCUUUACUGAUGUUCUAAAGCCAAGCCAUAUCUGUUGGCUGAGUCGAAGUGUAUGGUAGGUGGUCCCCAGCAGAGUGGGGCUUAUGGGCUCAUCUGGAUCUUUUCUCCCACGGCCGUGCAUCCCUUGCAGCCUGUCGGUUGUAAAAUGGCAGUGCUCCUUGUGAGAGGUUCUGGUCUACCGACGUUUUGCCAGAGCAUGUAUACAUCCUGCCGGCAGGUCACUGUGCCCCUUGCCUGGACAGAGUCAGCCAGUGUAGGAAGAACAGACUGCCUCGCUCUUGAAUGGGUGUGUUUUCUCCUCAGCUCUAGCUACUACAGUUCCAUUUGUACCUUGCAAACCAAUGCAGUUGGACAGGAUCCAUUUGUGCCAGUUUGGUCUGUAGCUAUUGCACUGCUGGUUUUCCCACAGUAUUGUACCUGCUGCUUCAGAGGAAAACCCCGGGGCUGCUCAGCAGUUAACUGCUUAUUGAAGAAUCCCGAAGACUCGAAUUUUACACCAUCUGCACAGUUCACUGUGUGCUUACAGUUCCCAGAGGCAAAUUUUCCCCUGAGGUGAUUAUUUUGGGAGACUAUAAAAUUAGCCCUUUGAAUAUAUGAUGCUCUUAUAACCAUGGAAGAGCACCCGCCUUAUGGGAGGGCAGCAUUUAAUGAAUGUCUUGCCUUUGCCACUAGAAGGGUGUGUGGCCCAUCUGUCUUUGAUACAAAGUAGAGGAAAUAAUUAAGAUUGGAUACACGUAAAAAGCCCUGUUAGCAUGUCACUAAAACAGGUUGCCAAGAGGGCAGACCACAUGGCAGUAGGGAGAACAGGAGGGCCCAGGAAGUGCUUGUCAGUAGUCCCUCACAAAGUGACAUUUAGUUUGUAGAGGUUCUGACAAAUGUCUAUCCAUUCCCUGGACAACCUGGACCACCACCACCCAGCCCCAUCUGUAGGCAGUUUCGAACAGGCUCUUCCCCAUCUUGAUUGAAAAUGUGCCUUUACUGUGUUGAUGUCAGGGACAGGACCUUAGUCCUAUGAUUCCUGUCUGGUAACUUAUAAGAGGGCGUGUGCUCUUGAGCUGUGGUCUCUGAUGCAGAGGAGAAGAGAUUCAGCUAGAUGUAUUUGUGCCUUUGCUGACCAAACAUAAAAUUCUGAAGUUAUGCUGUUUGUUUUGCCGUGGCUUUGAGUGGUUUCACGGGUUUAUAUGUUUACUUUCCUGCUUUGUGAAGUUUGAGGUGAGUUGGGCUUGAAAAAAAUUAUAUAUAUCUAAGAUCUUUCCAUGCCUCCUACAGAUUUUCUUCUUGACUUAUUUCCCCCAACACUACAAAAUGUCUUUGCAAAUUUACCACUUCAUCUGUUACCCUCUCCACCACUGGUUAGUAUUUAAAUCGCCUCAGAAUAUUUUGGGGGCUCCUUCCUGAAAGUCCUGAGGACUUUUCCUGUGGAAGGGAAGUGUAAGGACAGAUGGGCAUGUGUUGGGAUUUUGGUUGGUAUUUCUGCCAGGCAAUCCUCCAUAUGCAGUCCAGUUUCCCACUGACUGAGAGCAGAUGUCUGGUAGCCGUGUUCUUACUGAUGCAUUGACAACACCGCUUUAUCACAUUUGAGCGACUGUAAAAUUUCUUGGUUCCUUGGGGGCGAAUCACACUCUAUUCUGUUCUGCUGUGCGUCAGACAUCAGCAGUUACUGUGAUGGGCAGAGAAGUGCCUCUUUCCCUACCUAAGAGGGAGCCAGAGGACAGGAAGGGAGCCUAGAGCUCUCUGCAAGCUUGUAUAUUGCUACAUCUGUCCCCAUAGGACAGCGGAUUGAGGCUGGGGGCAGGCAAGCGGGGCUGCACUGUUGGGCUGGGCAGUGGCUGACCUAAGGAAGAUGAACUCACUUUGCCUAGGUGUUUUAGCAAUGCUCAGUACAGGCAGUAUUACGUUUGCCUUUCGUUCAGACCAUGACAUGUAUUGCUAAGAACACUGCACAUCUCAUGAUAUCACGGGUACACUGUUCGUGGUGGGGUGUGUCCACAUGUGUCCUGAAUUUUAAUUUUUUCUGAAUGUGAUCUUGUUUUGGAUGAUACCUGAGCAGAGCUGCCUUUUUUAUUUAUUACCAUUAUAUAUUAUAUUAUAUAUUAUAUAUUUUCUUUCUUAAAAUGUUAGAAGAAAGUCAAAUCUUGGUAUUAAGAUUGCUUUAAAAAGGAAUAUGUUGUCAAGGUGAUAAUGAGAAUCACUGGUCUACCUUUAAUGAGUUUUUCUUUGAUUACUAUGGAAUAGUGUGCCAGCUCUGAUCAGCACAGUGGGUGUGUGUGCAGGCUGGGGAAGCAGCCAGGCUCCCAGGGAAGAUUCACAGUACAAAUAUGGGGAACACCAGAGAUUUAAAAAUGAGUGUCAGCAAUGGGACCGCAAACCUGGGGGGCUUCUGUGAAUAGGAUUAUCUGCCUCGUGCAAUACUCUGAAAGGGGGCAGACAUGAUCUGUGAGUUUUUAAAGAAAACCUGCAAAAGAUCUUUCCAAAGAUGAUGUGCCACAGAUCUUUUGCUUUUCUCUGUAACGAGGACUAAGUGCUGUCUUAGAAAAUGUAAUUGACUUGUUCAUCUUCACAAUCUUUCCUUUCCACAAGAUUAAACUGUAGGGAAAAAAAGAUAUUUAAUAAAAAUUUAGAGAAAUCA